AUGUUUGAAGUAGAACGGAUACGGGAGGAAGCUGUCGAAGGGAGGAAGAGUUGUUUAAGGGUGAGGGGCGCAGUUGUGUCAUCGGCAGGUGCCCCCUUCUCCAUCCUACCACAGAUAUGUCCUGACAUGAAAAGAGGAAGGGUCAGAGAAAGAAAGGAAGGGAUGGAGAACAUUUGCGCCCGUAGCAGAGAACAGCAAGGCAAAAGCGUCGUGGUGGAUAGUGGUUGGAGCGCAUAUGUCAAUAGCAGUGGUGCACGACAGAAGAAACUAUCUAUUGCAUUUGCGCCAUUCUUGUCGGCUUCGUUGGAGGGGACGCAGAAGGGUGUCGAGGGAAGGUGACGACAGAUAAUUGCGCCAUUAGCUUGUCGUCAUCGUCACUGAUGAUGCCCGAGUGAACUCCACCAUGGACCUUAGCUCACUUCCUGCCGAUCUCUGAUCACUAAUUUAGAAGAAGCCUUCAAAGCGCUAAAUCUCCAGGAUCAAUUGUGCUUCGCUCUCGACCGCCACGCAUCACUUUGCACCUUUCCGUUUCGAACAUUCAUUCUUUCACCACUACACUAAAACUUAAAUCCUUAAA